AACUCAUCCCAACACAAGAAGUAAGCUUAUAGUACUAGUUGUUUAAUUUAAUUGAGAAGACUUUGUUUUGCAAUUCUUGACAAUGAGUACUGCUCUUAUGGCUCUGAACCCCUUUACUAUCGUCACAUAUUUUACACUUUUUUCUAUUUUGACUAUUUCUUGCUCUUGUUUCCACCCAAAACGUCUCAAUAAUGUAUCAAAAAUUCAAUCAAAUUCCGACUGGUCCCCAGCCGGAGCUACUUGGUAUGGAAGCCCUAGUGGUGCAGGAAGUGAUGGUGGAGCUUGUGGGUAUACUAAUGCCGUGGACCAACCACCAUUCUCCUCCCUAAUAGCCGCUGCUGGCCCUUCUCUAUUUAACUCAGGCAAAGGCUGUGGUGCUUGUUAUCAGGUAAAGUGCACAGGAAAUAAAGCAUGUUCAGGAAAGCCAGUGAGAGUUGUAAUAACAGAUUCGUGUCCUGGAGGACCUUGUCUAUCAGAAUCAGCACAUUUUGAUUUAAGUGGCACUUCUUUUGGAGCUAUGGCUAUUUCUGGACAAGCUGAUCAAUUACGUAACGCUGGAGUUCUUCAAGUCCAAUACAAGCGAGUGGAGUGCAACUACCCUGGAGUAAAAUUGACAUUUCACGUAGACUCAGGUUCAAAUUCCAACUAUUUCGCAGCUCUAGUUGAGUACGAAGACGGGGACGGAGACCUAAACAGAGUUGAUUUGAAGCAAGCAUUGGAUUCAGAAUCAUGGCAACCCAUGCAACAGUCAUGGGGUGCUGUGUGGAAGCUCGAUACUGGUUCCUCCCUAGUAGCGCCUUUUUCGCUCAAACUUACCGGGGAAUCCGGCCAGACUGUGGUGGCUAACGGCGUUAUUCCGGCAGGUUGGCAGCCUGGAAAAACUUAUCGAUCAGUUGUUAAUUUUAAAGUCUAAGUUAAUAAUAUUAGACUAUAUAGUAAAUGUUUAAAAAUUACGUACAAGUCAAUUUGGUUGACUUUGUUAUGUUGUCAAAGUCAAAAUAAUUAAGGUGAUCGAGUAGAAGAAUAAAGUAGAAAAAUGUGGUUGUUGUGUAUUUUUAAUAUAUUAAUACCACGCCAUUUGUUGUGAUUUAGUACUACCGUAUCUAUGAGUAGUACUAAAUAUCAAUUAUAUGUUUAUCCUA